AACAAAAGGAGAUUACCUGGGAAAAGCGAAUCUUGAAUGGAAAGGAACUGGAUAUCCUUCAAGGAAAGCAAGGAGCCCCAGUGCCGAUCAUCUUCAUCUCCCAUCCUAACCUUCACCUUCGGAUACACUGGAACAAGAUAGCCAACAGAAGCGGAGAAAACAAAUCAUAUCAGAACAUAGACCACAACAUAAGAGCUCCAGAGAAGUUGAUGAACCAACCACAGAAGAUUAGCCGCAAAACCCACUUGUUUGUAUGAUGAUCAACCCAGGAUCCGACUGCACAACAGCCGGGUUUCAGCUUCUCGAGCUAUUAUCUGGCCUACUUCGAUGAUUUGAAAUCCAAAAGAAGAAACCAACGGAAAAACACAGAAAAUGGACAAAGCACGCAACUUUAUGCGGUGGGUACUGGGAGGAAGUAAAGGAAGGAAGGAGCAGACAAAAGUUAGGUGGUUGGAGAAUGCCUGUGGAAGUAAGAUGUCGAAGGAAUGAUGAAAAGGGUCGGCACCAAAGUUGGUUGCCUCUUCAAUCCCUCCUCCGAUUGUCAGGCCUGGACAGGAAGGAAAACGAGAUUUGGGGAACGCAAGCCGGCAAGCGAAAGAGAGAGAGACGGGAGCCUAGAAUCAAACGUGGUCAAACUCCCCCAAAUUGCACCUGUAAUGGCGAUUUGAAGAUGCAUAUGUUUAGCGUGUCUUCUUCGCGCAAAUGGGUCCUACCCGCCAAUUGUUUAUGCCCCAGUUGACUUCGAGUCGGAUACGGCGCCGAUAGAGAGAAGAACCUCUUCCCUUCCAGUUCCUCGCCUUUCGUCCAUUCUGCCGUCUUUUCUCUUCUUUUUCAAUUUUCAUCCUUUUCUUUUUGGGCUUUUGGUUGGUUUCAAACGGUCCGAAACAGUGAUUUACUACAUUCGAAACGUUUCUAAAUUCUAUGCGGCGGCGGACAAUUCCAGACGCUAGGGUUUAACGUUUAAAGGUGUUCUUUUUUACCAUUUCGGGAGAUAAUGCAGUCAGCAAUGAGCGAGGAAACGAAAUUUCUAGGAGGGGUUUUGAUUUUUCUAUGAUUUGGAGAAGUGGGUCGUUUGUUUUGUUACUCAGGAGGUGUGAUGUCGUGGCGCAGAGCUGGGCUGAGCAUUCGACGGAACGUUGUGGACAACCGGCGGCUCUGCACCGCAACUCGCCGUCGUCAGGUUGAGGAUGAGGGUGACUGGUUCUACUCCUCCGAGUGGUGGGGGACGGACUCUGAUGGUCAGACUGUUCUGCGCACCGACUCCGAUCACGGGAAUGGCGUCGUCUCUGUUCUGGCUUAUCCCUCUUCUCGACCCGCUCAUACUGAAUGGCCUAAAACUGAGAGAUGGCUUCAGGAAAGGUAUGCAGCUCUGCAUCCAAGUCAUCAGAAAAAGGGUUGUUUAAAGAUACUUGGAUAUCAGUGGCGCACGCUGCACUUUAACGAAACCACACGCCAGAGCACUGCUAAAGUAAUGGCUGCUUACCACGGCUCAAAACCUGGCUCUCUGUUCUUGAUGCAACAGCCUCAUUGUUUAGCUGUUCCAUAUUUAAAGAGUAUGGCAGCGACAGGUUUAAAUGCUCUUGCGUGCUGUGAUUACGACCUUGCUGGUGUUGCAGUCGGACAGAAGAAAAUGCGUGUGUUGUGCAUUGGUCAUGGUGGAGGAAGUUUGCCCUUAUUCCUGGCCAGCAAAUUGCAAGGUGCCGAAGUUGACAUAGUUGAAAUCGAUCCAGUAGUUAUAUCAACAUCAAUCCGAGCAAUGGGGUUCCCAGCUUUCUCCCUGAUGAACCCAUCCGGACAACGCGCCACACCAAACCCCAGCACCAUGGACGUCGUUCUGUGGAAAGGCAUCCACGAAAGGCUCCGUCUUUACGAAGCAGAUGCCGAGAAUUUCAUCCUGAACACCAGCAAGACCACAGUCUACGACAUGGUCUUCAUCGAUGCCUACGAUGGAGACGACAUCUUCCCUCGCAAGCUGUGGGACCCAGACUCGCCGUUUCUCGAAGCUCUCAGCCAACACCUGCACCCAGAACACGGCGCCAUAGUGGUGAACCUCCACUCCUCUGAAUUACCCUCCGUUUCAAGCUCUUCCAGCUCGUUUUUCUUCGACCAGUCUCUGCCGAUGACCAGACACGUCUCCAAAGUCUGCAGAGCCUACAAGGAAGUCAUACUAGGAAAUGGGAUUGGUGCAGCGUUCACCGUCUCGGUUCCUUGGGUCUGUAAUGUUAGUCUGGUUGUUUGUAGAGGUCUGAAGACUGGUGAUAAUGGCGGCAAUUGUAGAGAUGCAGUCUUGGGAAAUCUUCUGUCGAGGUCUUCUGAAGUUGAGAAUACUGAACCUAGGAUUCUGACGCCUCCGUUUACUCUGCUUUUAGAAAUUUCUUCUUCCUUCUUCUUCUGGUCGGCAAUGGCGGUUCUGGGCAAGAAGCGGCUCUCUACGGGCAGAGGCGAGGACGCCGGGAUCCUAGCGAGGGCGAAGCAAACCUUGUCGGAGUCGCGGAUCUUGGGAGUGUCGAGAGAAUUCGCGGGGGACGCAACGUACGUGGCGAAGAGACUGGCGAAGAGCACCGGAAAGGCGGCGUGGAUCGCCGGGACGACGUUUCUGAUCCUGGUAGUUCCGUUGAUCAUAGAGAUGGACAGGGAGGCACAGCUCACUGAGUACGAAGCGCAGCAAUCCCACCUCCUCGGAGCUCCGCCGACCACGAUGCCCUGA